CUAAUAAAAGUAAAACCAAAACUAGGGUUCUUGUUUCUCAUAUUAAACCUCCACCAAUCUUUCUAUCUCAUAUCUUUUCUUCAAUUUCUUCCAUUUUCUCUCUCUUAAUCAAUCUUUUUUGGAUUUUUCCAAAAAAAAAAAGAUAAAUCAGCUGAAGGUUGAAGAAGAACAAGAUGCCUCCGAGAACAAAGAAAUCGGCGGUAACUCCGGCGAAAAAGACGGCGAGAACUUCGAGAACUCCGGCGAAAUCCGAUGUAAAAUCCGAUGAUGUCAAAAACGAGGUUUCUAAUGACAACGUUAAAGUAUCUGAAGAGAACUUUAACGUUAAUAGUUCAACGGAUCUGAAUGUUGAGCCCAAAUCCGAGGCUAAUGGAUCCUUUUUAUUGAGAAAAGAAGAUGAGGUUAAAGAGGAUGAAUAUGAAAAAGAUGAACGGUUGGACCUUGAGGAUAAUGAACCUGAAUAUGAACCAGAAGAAUAUGGUGGGGAGUAUGAUGAAAAGGAAGUUGAUCAAGACGAUUUAUUGCAGGAGGAAGGGGAUGAAGGUGUAGAGGAAGGUGAGGAAGGUGAUCUAGCUGAAGAGGAGGAGGAGGAGGAGGAGGAAGAGGAGGGUGACAUGGCUGAGGAGGAUAUGGAAGAAGUUCCUGAGGAACUUGAAGGUGAAGAAGAUGAUGAGCAUGCUGAUGCUGGUGAGGGCCAUGAGCAUGAGCAUGACAAUCAUCACGAGAAUGCUGAACUGUUUGAUGCUGCAGAAGAACGUGAACACCAUGAACUUGUCAAAGAGAGGCGGAAACGUAAAGAAUUCGAAGUGUUUGUUGGUGGGUUAGACAAAGAUGCUACUGAGGAGGAUUUGAGAGAAGUUUUUAGUGUUGUUGGUGAGGUUACUGAAGUCAGGCUCAUGAUGAACCCUCAGACCAAAAAGAACAAGGGCUUCGCAUUCUUACGCUUUGCUACAAUUGAACAAGCAAAGCUUGCUGUCACGCAGCUGAAAAAUCCUGUGGUAAAAGGGAAGCAAUGUGGUGUCACUCCCAGUCAGGACAGCGAUACCCUGUUUUUGGGUAACAUAUGCAAAACAUGGACAAAGGAAAAAUUAAAAGAGAAAUUGAAACUUUAUGGGAUAGAAAAUGUCGAGGACUUGACGUUAGUGGAAGAUAGUAACAAUGAAGGAAAAAAUAGAGGUUUUGCAUUUUUGGAGUUCUCCUCCCGUUCUGAAGCCAUGGAUGCUUUUAAACGUCUACAGAAGAGGGAUGUUUUACUAGGAGUUGAGAGGCCUGCAAAAGUUUCUUUUGCAGAUUCUUUCAUUGAUCCUGGAGAUGAAAUUAUGGCCCAGGUCAAAACUGUGUUUAUUGAUGGUCUUCCUGCCUCAUGGGAUGAGGAUCGUGUUCGUAUACUGCUCAAGAAGUUUGGGGAAAUUGAAAAGGUUGAACUUGCUCGCAAUAUGCCAUCUGCGAGAAGGAAGGAUUUUGGCUUUGUUAGUUUUGACUCUCAUGAUGCAGCAGUAACAUGUGCCAAAAGCAUCAAUAAUGCAGAAUUGGGUGAAGGAGAACACAAGGCUAAAGUAAGAGCCAGAUUGUCCAGGCCGUUGCAGCGAGGUAAAGGUAAAAGCCAUCCCCGGGGUGAUCAUAAAGGGUCUCGUGUUGCUGGACGACGUCCUAGGGCACCUUGGAACCGUCCAUUACCACGUCCCCUUCCUGCUCGUGCGAGGGGACUUGGUGGCCGGGUACCAGUUGCUGUGGGCCGUGGCUUUAAGAGGCCUGUUGGAAUACGGGACAGACGUCCCCCACCACAUGUGCCAGCUAGAGCUAGACCAGUGCCUCCUCCACCUAGGUCAUAUGAAAGAAGAGCUCCUGCUCCUCCACCAAAGAGUAGCAUGAAGAGGGAUUAUCCCAGGAGGGAAGAGCUGCCACCAAGAAGCAGAGCUGUGGCAGACUAUGGAUCUAGGUUGCCACCUGAAAGGCGUCCAUCAUAUAGGGAUGAGUAUGCUGCUCGUUCUCCUGUUUACUCUGAUGUGCCUAGGAGCAGUGCCUCACGCUCUGCAACAAGGAGACCUUAUCCAGAGGAUAGCUAUGCCCCAAGAUAUGAAAGACCCCCUCCAAGUUACCGUGAAGGGCGUCCUCGCGAUUAUGAUUCUAUCUCUGGCUCUAAACGCCCUUAUAGUGCUAUGGAUGACGUCCCUUCACGAUACACUGAUCCUGGUCAUAGUAUGCGUCACUCAAGGGCACGUUUAGACUAUGACAUUCCUUCAGGAAGUUCUCAGUACGCGGAUACAUAUGGUGAUAGAAUGGGGAGAUCUACUGUUGGAUAUAGUGGCGGCAGCAGAAGUUCAAUGUCUGCUCCAGAUUCUCAUGGGCUUUACAGUAGUCGUCAGGGAGUGAGCUACAGUGGUGGUUCAUACAGUGGAAGUGAUGUGUAUUCUUCAAGCUAUGGCAGUGAAUAUGCUUCACGUGGGUCAGAUGUUGGUGGGAGCUCUUACUCAUCACUGUAUUCUGGCCGUGGUAUGGGUGGUAGUGGUAGUGGGAGUGGGUACAUGGGAGGUGGCAGUUCUGGAUCAUAUUACUAAGUUAAUUAGUCACGGUAAUUACUGUGAGGCAGCAAAAAUCUACAAGUUUAUUUUCUUUGCAGAAGCAAGUUCUGGUAAUAUUUUGCUGCUAUAACAGUUACAUGACGCCAUUUUUCUUGUUAUCACAGUUUGUUCAUAAAUGGGUGCUGGUAAAGAUGAUGCUCUAGUUGUGUAUUUUCUCUUGCAAUAGUCGCACUUAUCCUGCCUGUUAGAGGAUGAGUGAAAAAGAUCUUUGAUUGUCAGUUUAGCAUAAUACUUUAGUUAGGUUUAGAGAGACCCAAGUAUUUCCUGAAGUUGUUCCUAUGUAAGAGAAACUUGUGUUUUGAUGUAGUUUAACAGGCAAGAAAUUAUCUCUCUGUUGGUGUUUA